ACUACUACUUCGGUCAUCACGCCCAGUACCGCCAAGAUGGCCUCCGACGUCGAGUCCAUGUUCGAGGGGGAGUCCGACGCCUAUUCACCAGAGGUGAAGCCCAAGGCCAAGAAACCCGCUGCCAAAAAGGCUGCCGCACCCAAGGCGCCCGCCGCAAAGAAGUUGACCCAGACCACUCUCACCGGCGCAAAGGCCGCUGGCAAGAAGCGACCAAAACCCGACAGCGAGGAUGAGGACGGAUCCUUUGGUAGCGACAAGGACGACGGCAUGCUCGACAACACCCCUCCCAAUGCCAAAAAGCAGAAGAAGGCGCCGGUCAAGAAGGCCGCCGGCAAGCCCCUGGCCGAAAUCGAGAACGAUAGUAUGCAGAUCGAUAGUGUCGCUCCCGCCAAAAAGACGGGCGCUGCAAAGACGGCCACCGAAAUGUACCAGAAACUCACCCAGCUCGAACAUAUCCUCAAGCGUCCCGACACCUACAUCGGCUCCGUCGAGCGUUCCGAGCAAAAGAUGUGGGUUUUCAACAAGGCAACCGGUCUCAUGGAAAACCGCCAAAUCUCCUUCGUUCCCGGUCUCUAUAAGAUUUUCGACGAGAUUCUCGUCAACGCUGCCGAUAACAGCCAGAGAGAUAGCUCCAUGACCUUCCUCAAGGUGACAAUAAAUCGCGAGUCUGGCGAAAUCUCGGUCGAGAAUAACGGCAAGGGCAUUCCCGUGGAGAUUCACGGCACCGAAAAAUGCUACGUCCCCGAGCUCAUCUUCGGUCAUCUCCUGGCUGGUUCCAACUUCGAUGACAACGAAAAGAAGACGGUCGGCGGUCGUAAUGGUUACGGUGCCAAGCUCACAAACAUCUUCAGCCGAGAAUUCACGCUCGAGUGCCAAGAUUCCGUCAACGGCAAGAGAUACAAGCAGACAUGGACCGACAACAUGAGCAAAAUGGCACCACCCAAAAUCACCUCCAACAAGGCUGCUGAUUUUGUGCGCAUCACUUUCCGCCCCGACUUCAGCAAGUUCGGCAUGGCUGACGGUAUCGACGAUGACCUGGAAGCCUUGCUCUACCGACGUGUUUACGACAUGGCAGGUACGGUUAGUGGUGUCAAGGUUUGGCUCAAUGGUGAACACCUCAAGUUAAACUUCAAGACAUACUGCGGGCUGUACGCCAAGGCCAUCGCCAAGGAGCGUGACGAGGUAGCUGACGGCGAAGAUGUCACUCCUGCCACAGUCAUCUUUGAGCAGCAAAGGUCCGAGGGUAAACUAUGGGAAGUGGGUUUUACGGUUUCGGAUGGCUCGUUCCAGCAAGUCUCGUUCGUCAACAAUAUUGCCACCACCUCUGGCGGCUCCCACGUCAAUUAUAUUGCCGAUCAGAUCAUCGAAGUCCUCAUGAAGGAGCUGCAAAAGAAGAAGGGCAAGGGACACGGUCUCAAGACGGCAAACGUCAAGAACCAGUUCUUCAUCUUCAUCAACUGCCUGAUCGACAACCCGGCCUUCAGCUCGCAGACAAAGGAGCAGUUGACGACCAAGCCCGCCAAGUUCGGCAGCAAGUGCCAGCUUGGUGACCUGUUCCUCAAGAAAGUGCGACAAUCGGAGGCCAUUGACAACUUGUUGAGCUUUGCCGACAAGAAGCGAGACAAGGAUUUGGCCAAGAACGAUGGCAGCAAGCGAAAGCGUAUCAGCAACGACAAGCUGAUCGAGGCCAAUUAUGCCGGUGGAAGAUAUUCGCAAGAGUGUACCCUUAUUCUCACCGAAGGUGAUUCCGCCCGAGGUCUUGCGGUCGCUGGUCGUGCUAUCUUGGAUCCUAACCGUAUCGGUGUCUUUCCCUUGCGUGGUAAGAUGCUGAACGUCCGUGACGCCAGCGCUGAUCAAAUCUUGAAGAACAAGGAAGUCGAAAACAUCAAGAAGUUCCUUGGCCUCAAACACGGAAAGGUCUACACCGAUACGAAGGAUUUGCGAUACGGCCAUCUGAUGAUCAUGGCUGAUCAGGAUCUUGACGGUAGUCAUAUCAAAGGUCUUCUCAUCAACUUCUUUGAGUGCCAGUUUCCAUCACUCCUGCGCAUUCCUAAUUUCUUUCAAGAGUUCAUCACGCCCGUCGUCAAGGUGUGGCAAGGUCCUAACCCGAAGAAGCCUCAAAGGCUACAGGGCUUCUUCACUCUGCCUCAGUACGAGGAGUGGAAGGAAGCUCACAGGAACGAAUUGCGCAGAUGGAAGUACAAGUAUCUCAAGGGUUUGGGUAGUUCGACAACAGACGACGCCCAGCUCUACUUCACCAACUUGAACAAGCAUCUCAAGGAGUUCGAUGUCAUGACUAGAGAGGAAUCUGAGAUGUUCGAGUUGGCCUUCUCCAAGAAGAAGGCCGACGCUCGUAAAGAGUGGCUUGCCAAGUGCGAGCCGGGCACCUACCUUGACCAUUCGACCGAGAAGAUCUCCUACACUGAUUUCGUUAAUCGCGAACUCAUUCUUUUCAGUAUGGCAGACAACAUUCGAUCGAUCCCGUCCAUGGUGGAUGGUCUGAAGCCCGGUCAACGCAAGGUUCUGUUCGGCUGUUUCAAACAAAACCUCAUUCACGAUCAAAAGGUUGUUGAGUUGGCCGGUUAUGUCUCCAAGGAGGCAGCCUACCACCACGGUGAACAGUCUCUGCAGCAAACAAUUAUUGGUCUUGCGCAGAACUUUGUCGGUUCAAACAACAUCAACUGUCUCGAGCCUAGUGGUAACUUCGGUUCGCGUCUUUCCGGUGGUUCCGAUGCUGCCAGCGCUCGUUACAUCCACACGAGACUGUCUCCCUUGGCGCGAAAGAUCUUUCACCCACUCGAUGAGCCCAAUCUAGAAUUCCAGUUCGACGAUGGCAAACUGAUUGAGCCCAAGGUCUAUGCUCCCAUUAUCCCCAUGGUUUUGGUUAACGGUGCAGAUGGUAUCGGUACCGGUUGGAGCACUUCCAUUCCCAACUACCACCCUCUUGACAUUGUCGAGAACUUGAAGCGUCGCAUGGGCAGGGACUCAUCUGGCGACGGGGAGGAGAAGCCCUUUGAACCCAUGACUCCGUGGUUCCGUGGUUGGAAGGGCACUCCUGAGCCAGACGGACCCAACAGAUUCAAGUUCAACGGUAUCGUGGAGGUCAACCCUCAGAACCCCAAUGAGGUUGAUGUUACGGAGUUGCCCAUUCGCAUGUGGACCGAUGAUUUCAAGUCCAAGCUGGAAGAGAUCAUCCGUGGCGAUAAGAGUCCUUCAUGGAUCAAGGACUACAAAGAGUACAACGACCACCAGACUGUCCAUUUCAUCAUCGCCCUUGAGGAGAAGCACAUGUCCUCGGCUCUUAGGGACGGUCUUAUUGAAAAGUUCAAGCUUACCAAGACAGUGGCUACGACAAAUCUAGUGGCCUUCGACACCCGUGGUAAAAUCCACAAGUAUGAGAACCCGCAAGAAAUCAUGGAGGAAUACUACCACUACCGACUCAACCUGUACGGUGAGCGCAAGAAGCACUGGCUCAAGGUCUACCAUGCGGACUACCGCAAGCUGCAGAAUCAAUACCGAUUUAUUUCGGAAAUCAUUGAGAACAAGCUCGUCGUUUCCAAAAAGAAGAAGUCGGUCCUUGUCCAGGAACUUCGCGAACGCAAGUACGAGGCCUUCCCUCCGAAAUCAGAUGGAAGGAAUGUGAAGUCUCCUGAUGAGGAGCUCGGUGCUGCGGACAACGAGGACGAGGAUGAUGCCGUUGGCGGAGCCCGCGAUUAUGACUAUCUCCUUUCGAUGCCCAUUUGGUCGUUGACCUUUGAGCGCCUCGACAAGCUCAAGCAGCAGAUUGCUGCAAAGAAGGCUGAGCACGAUGAACUCGAUGCACUCAGCGAAAAGGAUCUGUGGUGCAGAGAUCUCGAUGCUUUCACCGCUGAGUGGGAAGAGCAGUUGAGGCUGGAAGAUGAAGUCCGGAAAGAGAUCAGGCAGAAGGGACGCCGUGUCUCGUACAAGGGCGGUGCUGUCUCCAGACUCAAGAAGUCCAAAGGUGCCAAGGAUGACGAGGACUUCGACCCGGGUGCCAAGAAGGCCAAAGCCAAGGCAGCUCCCAAGGCUGAGACAAUCAAGACACAGCAGCGUUUUCUAGAGAAGUUCUCUGGGAUGGCGAAACCCAAGCCUAAGUCGACCGCUUUCACCGACGGGGCUGAUGACCUCUCGGACGAUGACUUCGACUUGCUGAACAAGAAGGCCCCGGCUGCAGCCAAAAAGAAGGAUGAGGAUGCGGAGCCCGUUACUACCAUCGCCAGUGUGCGCGCCAAGCGUGCCACCGUAGCGAAGCCUAAGACUUAUGCGCUCAGUGAUGAAGAAUCGGACGAUGACUUCUUGGACAUCGCAAAGGUUACCACAACUUCUGAGAAAACGACCACGUCGGCUUCGGCUUCGGUUUCAGCGGCAGAACAAUCUGAGCGACCUGUAGCAAAGCCCGCGAGGCGUGCUGCAGGAGCCAAGAAGCCUAUCGUUGAUGAGGAUUCUGAAUCCGAUUUGGAUGACUUCAUUGACGACGAGUCCGAGGAAGAGGUGAUUCCUAAGCCCACUACCAAGCGAGCUACCGCUGCCAAGAAGCCGGCCCUCGAAGAUGAAGACUCCGAUGUCGAGUUCCAGGACGCUCCUGAAGAGCCUAUCCCGCCGACCCCCAAGCCGGAGGCCAAGAAGGCUACGGCCAAGAAGCCAAUUGUAGUUGAAGACUCUGACGAAGACAUGAUGAUCAGCGAAGCUGAGAAGCCUGCGCCCGCAGCUAAGCCCGCCACUAAGCGCGCUGCUGCUCCCAAGAAAUCACCUGUUCUCGAAGAUGAUGACUUCGAGAGCGACGCUGAUGACAAGAUUUUGAGCGAGGCAGAAAAACCUGCGCCGGCUAAGGCCACCGCCAAGCGUGCGGCUGCUGCCAAGAAGUCACCUGUUCUUGAGGACGAUGAUCUUGAGAGCGACGGUGAUGACAAGAUGGUAAGCGAGGCUGAAAAACCCGCUCCGGUCAACCCCAGGAAGCGCGCGGCGGCCGCUAAGGCCAAGUCCUUCUUCGUAGACGAAGAAGACUCCGAAAGCGAAGCUUCUGAUGACGACGACAUGCUUCUUGACGUCGGCUCCCUGGUCAAGGGUAUAGGAGCCCCUGCCGCGACGAGCGAGGGCCCGAGGCUCAGCCUCUUUUCCAUGUCCCGGCCAGAAGGCGAGGGUAGCGGUAUCGGCCUGCCCAAAGUGAAGGGCAGGGCUUUCCACACCAAAGCUUUUCUCGACAACGAUAGCCAGGAUGACACCAAUUAUGAGGCUCUUGCCAAGUCGUCCCCGAGGAAGCAUUCCAAGACCGGUGAGGCCGACGAAGGCUCGGAGGACGAUUCCAUCGGCAAGAAGGUCAACGCUGCCCCUGUAGUGGCCAAGAAGCGCGGUCGUCCUGCCGGCAGUAAAAACAAGGCCACCGGCGACGACGCUGCUGCCCCAAAGCCCAAGCCCAAGGUCACCGCCAAGAAGGCUGCUGCUGCUGCUGGAGAGACGGCCUCUGCCGUUCCGGCCAAGCUCAAGACGCUGGUCCAUCUCUCGCCCGCUGCUAAGGCUUAUGCCAAGAAGAACCAGAAGGCAAAGAAGCUCGCUAGUGACGACGAGGAUGACCUUGAUGGCGAUGACAUCGUCAUGAAGGAUCCUGCGCCUGCUCCGGCUCGCAGCAGGCCUGGUCGCGCGGCCGCUGCUAGGAAGCCGAUCGUCAUUGAUAGUGCAAGUGAGGAUGAUGAUGACUCGUUUGGGGAUAUUGGCGUGAGCAGCAAGGCGAAGAAGGGUGGUAGGAAGGUGCCUGAUGAUGCUUUUGAUAUGGAGGAUAGUGAAUAGACGGUUGUGGAGCAGAAAAUGUGUGAUGAUGACACGAGGCUCGGCGGAAGUUCAUGCAUAUAGAAAUAGCUUGCUUAAAGCUGAGAAAGGCGGGUUUCCGUUGGUGUCUCUAAUGAUGACUCUUUGUUGUUCUUGUACAUACGUGUAUUUUCGUUUGGUUGGUUUGAUGGGUAGGGUUGUUUCAUAGGGACGAACAAGAUGGUUGGCAUGGUCUACUGUUGCUGUAGCUGGUUGCGUAAAGAUACCACAGGUUC